AUGCAUAGUAUGAUUUGCCAAAAUGAAGAAUUACUUACGAUAAUUGAAAAGAAUUCAGGCUUAAACAAUAUUAAGGCUCUACUUAGCUAUUAAGCUCUGGAACCAGAGUCUUUUAAAAAUAGUGGAUUAGAUAUGCGAGGAGUUUAAAGCUCAUAUAGUAGUGCAGGAGGAGGUGGAUAAGGUGGAAACCAAGGAAAUGUUUAAUCUCAGAGAAGAGAGAGUUUCACCAAACAAGACAACUAUGGAGGUUAAAGUCAAUCAUAGUACUAAAAUAAGAACGAAAAUUACAGCAAUAGUAAUAGGCAGAGUCCUAGCAGGAAAUAGGGUAAUUAUGGAGGAUAUAAUGGAUAAAACAGUUUGAAAUCUAAUAAUUCCAGAUAAUAUGAUGACAACAGUGGCUAGUAUAAGAAUAAGGAUUAUGACUAGAGGUAAUAGUAGUUUUAGAAGAAAUAGGGCGAUGAAACCUAAGAUGAUAGCUUCAAAAGUUUAAGAUAUCAGGAUCCCAAGAGACCAUAAUAUUAGAAUCAAUAUUAAAAUAAUCAAGAUGGCAUGUGGGAUGAUGAUUUUUCGAAAAAGAAAUUUUAGCUUGGAAGAAUUAUUGAAAGAGAUAUGCCAUUAAUUCAGAAAGAAUUAGAAAAGCUCAGACUUGGAGAGACAGCAUAAAGUAUCAAGGAAAGACAAAAUCGCUAAGAUAAUCAGGAUAGAGGUAGGGUUGUUAGAACAACCAAUGUGGAUUAUUUCCUGAAUUGUGAGAACAUGGAUCUAGGGGAUCCUGGGUAGCAAUAAGAUACACCAAUUGAAGAAGAGGAAGAUCCAUUAUGGGAUGAUAUAGACGUUGAAGAAAUCAAGGUUGAAUCUUCGUAGCUUCCAAUUAAAAAGCCCUCACCAAAAUCAUCUGAAAAGGAGUUGAUCUCUCCCUAAACUAUCGUCGAAUAAGAUGAGGCAAUAAUCAGCAUUAAACCGAAAGAGUAGAUUCCUUAGCAAUAAGUAUCUAGCCAGUAGCAUUUAUCGUAGCAGAUGAAUCAAUAAUUAUUGGGUCAGUAAAAAAUGCUCAGCCAGCUCAGCCCUUAAGAAUAAGAACUUUUAUUUCUCCAAGAUUUGAUGUAAAGAAUGAAUCCUAACCAAGAUAUUGCCACAUUAACAUAAAACAAUUAAGCUUAUCAGCAACUAUUGAUCUAGGAAUAGAUAAAUCAGAAAUUUAUGGGAGGAAAUUCCUCUCCUUUAAGCAACAUGACUCUCACAUCUGUAAAUUAAGGCCAGUUUAUGUAAAAACAAAAUGUCAAUUACUAAUUCAACAAUGAAUUCUAAUAACCCUUUAGCCAGUAGAUAUUACGUGUGCAAGGAGCAAACUCUCAAGGCAUUAAGGACCCUCUAAAUUUAUAUCAAUAAACAAACUUAUCUCAUUAGGAUCUAGGAGGGCUACAAUAGUUUUAGGGAACAUAAGUUGCUGCAAUGAUUUAAAAUCCAUUUGCGGUCGGAUAAGGCAUCAGCUUUUUAAUGUCGAGAUCGCCAAAUUAACAACAAGAUGGCAAAUGGUUUUACAAGGAUCCACUAGGAAACGUCAGAGGACCAUUUACUUAUCAGCAAAUGGCUACAUGGUAUGAUCUUGGAUACUUCUCUGAUGAUUUAGAGAUCGCUUAUGGGGAGAAUAGUAUGUUUUUACCAUUAAGAAAGUACAAACAAAUUACAUUUUCAAAUCAAAGUCAGUAGUUGCCGUUAUAGCAGCAACAAUUACAAUCUCAAACAAAUAUUACAUUACCAAACUAGCAAAUCAAUACCAGUGGAGGGAACGGAAACCAACCAACCUACACUACUUUACCACUUCAUUAAUAAAAGUAUUUGAAUCCAGCCAUGAAUCAAAUAUCUCACCCGAUCUCCAAUAAUCAGUUUUAAGAUAUUCAAUCAUAAUUCCUACUUGAAGGAUAAUAGUAGAUGUACGAUCCAUUACAGUUUAUGGGAUCAUCACUAAGUGUCGGAAGCAACUUCUAAUAAUUCAUUGCUCCAUAAAAUCAAUUCAGCCUUUCAUCUUAAUAGCUUAAUAUGAUGCAAAUGGGUAGCUCUACUUAGAUGCCUAAUCUUUAAAUGCAACAACCCAAUCAAUAGCUAAUGAACUAAUUAUCCUAAACAUCCUUGCCUUAAUAGCAAUAGUAGCUGAAUCAGACAUUACAGCAGCAAUCAAAUUAGCCUAAAUUCUAAUGA